CUGUAUCUUUGCUGAAAGUCUCUUUAUUUUAACAUAAGUUUAACUCUAGAAUAUAAAAGAUCAUAAACUGUGAAUUACAAAAAUGAAGAAGAAAAAAAACUUCUUACACGUGGGUCAAAUCAGUGGGGUAACAGUGAUUAAUUGAAGGUCAGAGGUCAAACGGUCAAUUGGAGGAGUAUAUGAGGAACUAACGGAGGAUGAACACCAGCCACAAUCUGGCAACCCAGGACAUAAACAAAGCAGAUGCAGCCCGUGAGCUCGCGGUACAGAGAGCGCGCUGCUGUGACAGUGGGAAGCACAAUCCGCGUGCAGCCAGCGCGAGGCAAAGACCUACUAACAAGCUGUGAACUAUGACUGGACGCAACACGUGCAGCACGAGAGAUGACGACUGACCACGCAGCAGUUUGGAACAAAUGACAGAAGAUUACGCAUGCUGAAUGAGAAGAUGCCAACCGCUGAAAAUGGCGCUAAUUUGAUUACAAUUGAGAACUGAAAGAUGCUAUAGAUGGUUUUAACUAAUCGAUCAGAAUCAACGUUUUUACUGAAAGGAUCUCUUGGUGGAAGUCAGCCAGCGGGGGGCCAGGAUGUGGCCCCCUGACCUCGGGCCUCCAGACGUCCAGCUGACUCUUCCUGGUUUUGGAAGUGUGUUUGAGGAUGCCGAGGACCCCCAGGCGCCGCUGUCUUCUGGUGGCUUCUGUCAGUCCUCGAUACAUUCAGGUGGUCUGGGUGUGUGCUGUCUUCCAAGGACUUCCCUGUCCCUGUCCUCAUUGGGCCGGGAUCUCACCUCCCUGCUCAGCUGUAAGACAGCUGGAUCCCACAUAGAAAAGACUAUGGAGGACUUUGCCACCACAGCGCACACAGAUCCUAAAAACAACACCCAGAGGUUCAGUUGUUACCCCCAGCCCUCCCUCCCGUUAUCCUAUAUGCUCACCAGCUGUACCACAUCGCCUCCUUUUGGCUCUCCACCUUCCUCUCUUUCCUCCUCCUCAUCUUUAUUUUUUGCAUCUUCCUUGCCUCUUUCUGAUUCACCUGGUGGCAACAAGACUCCUCAACUACAAAGAAAGAUACAGGAAGAGUAUCACUCAAUAAAACAAGAGCCUGCAGAUGAUUUCUCGCCAUGUAAGAGGGAACCGUUUCAAGUUAACAACCAGCAGGGGGAGCUGUUCCAUGUAGGCCAGCCGCUCCAAGGUCAGGAGGUCAGCAACCCACUCCAUUUCCCUAGGCUUAAUGGACCUGUUGGCCAGGACCCCACAGCGGACCAACAGGACCUGUCGUGUCACUGGAUCGACUGCAGUGCCACUUACAACAGCCAGGAGGAGCUGGUGAGGCACAUCGAGAAGGUGCACAUCGACCAGCGCAAAGGGGAAGAGUUUUCCUGUUUCUGGGCCGGCUGCGUGCGACGCCACAAACCCUUCAACGCUCGCUACAAGCUGCUCAUCCACAUGAGGGUCCACUCUGGAGAAAAACCCAAUAAAUGCAUGUUUGAGGGCUGCUCCAAGGCGUUCUCACGUCUGGAGAACCUGAAGAUCCACCUGAGGAGCCACACAGGAGAGAAACCGUACAUCUGUCAGCAUCCCGGCUGCCUCAAGGCCUUCAGCAACUCCAGCGACCGGGCCAAACACCAGCGCACACAUCUGGACACGAAGCCGUACGCCUGUCAGAUCCCGGGAUGCACCAAGCGUUACACCGAUCCCAGCUCGUUAAGAAAGCACGUCAAAGCUCAUUCAGCCAAAGGCCUUCAGGAGAGGGAGGUCAAGGUUCAGGUGCACACAAUGCUGGAAUCGGACAUUUUGAGCGAUUGUCUGGCGAGGCAGCAUCUCCACCAAGGAAACGGUUCACCUUUACCCAGCUUAGAUGACUUCACAGGGGUUUACUCAAACAGCAGCUCCGUCCACAACCGGGCAAAUUCAGAGUUUCUCCCCCCAUCAGCGGACACCUGCUCCAGGUAUCGAGGCUUGGAGGGAAACUUUGACGCCAACAGCCCGAUAGCUUCACUAACCAGCGCAGGGAGCAUGAGAGAGGGGAACAGACCAACAUCGUUGUUCAUGUCCGCUGACGUCAGCCCAGUGAGCUCCUCGUCAGACAGAGCGGACGUCCAGCUGCAGGGUUACCACAAAACCUACAACCACCAGCAAGUAUUCUCACAGCAGCAAGGAUGUCUGUACGGAGAAGGAAAGGUGGUUCAACCAGUCAGCGAUGGAGGCUUCGAACCCGCCAGUUACUUCACAACCUCCUCCUCCUCCUCCUCUCACUCUACAGGGUUCGACUUGUUGCAGGACCUGCAGAGUCAGGCGGGCGGCGGUUACUCCAUGUCUCCCUGCUCUGACGACAGCUUCCUCUACCAGGCAGGAGGCGUCGACCGCUGCCUCAACCAGAUCUACUCCAUCUACCUGGACUCAUGAUGGGCCUCCCAGAACCAAAAAGAUUGAAUCCGUAAUCACUUUGUUUUUCUGAGGACAAAAAGCAGCAGGCGGCAGACAAUCACAAUAUACUGUUUAUUCAAGGCUGAAGUUGGCAGAAUUGUUCUUCUUCUUGACAGAAGAUGUGUCAGUGGGAGUUUUAACGAUACAAACAACGUACAAAAUUGACUAUAGAGCUGCUGCAAAGAGGAAAUCUGGUCAACGUAUAAAUGUGAAUAGCGGUGAGUUUUUUUAUUCAGAGAUGACCACGGCAUUUGUGAUCUGGAUAGAAUGAGCUAUGAGCUUUUAUUUGCUAGUUUGAUCUGUUAGAAAGUCACGUAGCUCUCUGGCUCCAGUGAGGUUAAUUCUGCCUCCAGGAAAUGUUAAAACAACAACAUUUGUCAGGACGGGAUCUUACAGUUCCCAACCUAGGGUCGGUAAAUAAAUCUGUUGUCGUUGAAACAUGAUUAAGAAAAUACCAAAGAACGAAACAACACAGUUCUGCUUCAGAAAUCGCACUCAUUUUUGUUUGACUUCGGAUAUUUUUUUUCUUCUUUUUUGUUUCAAAUGAAACAAUCUGAGAAGGUUAGAAGAGAGAAACACUUUUUGGUUCAACAUACAACUCACAGACAUAUGAUAUGUGUGGGAAGGGGUUGUAAGUAGCUUGAUUUGAGGUGUCACAAGCCAAGAAAGGUUGGGAACCAUCAUGUUAUAAUAGCUGAGUUGCAUUUAAGCUGUCCGACCAAUACAGCUAAGAAUAGUUCAUCAUACUGGGAGAUAUGUGGUUCAUCGGUUAUUUGUUUUCUUGCUGAGAGUUAGAGCACGGUAAAAACAGAGGACUCUCACCCAGGAGACCGCUGUUCAUGUCCCGUGCGAAACCAGAUGUCAAAGUUGAUUUAUUUGUCACAUAACUUCCAUACAUAAGUUACGGCACUUCCGGUGUUAUUUUAACCCAAACCGCAAUCUUUUCCGAAACCUAACUAAGUAGUUUUGUUGCCUAAACCUAACCAAGUCGAUCUAUUCCUAAACCUAACUGAGUACCUCUAUUUUGAAAAGACUGGAGCGGAAAUUGACACAAGCAUCACGUCUUGCUGGACAUUCCUAGGAAAAAGCACGAAAAGUACGAUGUUGAAAGUCGUGCUGAGCAUCACGGGAAAAAAAGGGAAAUUUGUGUUUAUGUACACAAAUUAAAUAAAUUAAAUUUCGUGACUAUUUCACGAACUGCCGUGAGACUGUGUUGUCCUAGCCGAGGUAAACCUGGAUCCUGCAGCAGCUAAAAGACCUAAACCAGCAGAUCUGAGAGGCCUUUUGGAACAAUAAUGGUAUCGCUCUUCUCAUCUAACUCUCAGCCAGAGAGAUAAUAAGUGCAAUUUCCCCAAAUUUCAACUUUUUCCUCAAAGGUUGUAGCAUUUAACCAAAGUGUUAUUGAGAACCUUCAACUGCUUGUUCAUUUACAUUUUGCUGCACAGGAGGGAACUGCAGGAGAGUGGAGCGUACAGUAAACUGUAGCAGUGCUGCCACCAAGUGUCUGAAAGACUGUAUAUAAAUAUACUACACCUACAGUCUGUGGUACAGAUCAGUGCGGACGACUCCUGGGACUUAAAACUGACACACGAAACCAACAAAAACUGCACUAAAAUGUAUCGUCUGUGAUUUGUCUGUCACGGACUGAGAGGUGACGACAAAUACGUCUCAAUAAGUGUAAUCUUACAACGAUCAAGACAUAAUCUCCUUUUUUUUAUAUUGUCUCUUCUGUUCCUUUACAUGGUUGUUGUAUAUCAGUGUUAUAUUCAGUGAAAGGGAGGUGUGCAUUGUUUACAACAAGUUCUCUGCACUCUUUUCUGUCUCAUCGCUGAGACUUUAAGAAAAUGACCAACCAGAAAAAAAACUGUUUACACUGAUUUUGUAGCAAUUCAGAGAUUUUCUUAUUAUUGUCAUUGAACAGUGUAUAUAGACUGUAAAAAAAAUGCACCUGUCUUUUAUAUCUAAAUAAAUAAAAUCAGUUUGUAUAGUU